AGAGAGAGAGAGAGAGAGAGAGAGAGAGAGAGAGAGAGAGAGAGAGAGAGAGAGAGAGAGGUGAGCCAACGCGAAGGUUAUUUUACAUGAGGGAGAGGGAGGAACUGCUCUGGACCAAAAACACUGCCGCGAGAAUAUCCGCAAAGCAAAGAACAGGCUUUGGUUUCAGAGCUGCAAAGGAGCUUAUUCUUCUUCCAAACACUACAGGAGAGGUGAAGCAUCAUGGGGAAACACAACAGCAAGCUGGCUCCAGAGGUUCUGGACGACCUGACCAAGAACACCGAAUUCAACGAGGCAGAGCUCAAGCAGUGGUACAAAGGCUUCCUCAAAGACUGUCCCUCUGGCAUCCUCAACCUGGAUGAGUUCCAGCAGCUCUAUGUUAAGUUUUUCCCAUAUGGUGAUGCCUCAAAGUUCGCCCAGCAUGCGUUUCGGACAUUUGACAAGAACGGCGAUGGGACCAUCGACUUCAGAGAGUUCAUCUGCGCCCUGUCCAUCACCUCCAGGGGCAGCUUCGAGCAGAAACUCAACUGGGCCUUCAACAUGUAUGAUCUGGACGGGGAUGGGAAAAUCACACGCAUGGAGAUGCUAGAGAUCAUCGAGGCCAUCUACAAGAUGGUCGGCACUGUGAUCAUGAUGCGUAUGAACGAGGACGGGCUGACCCCGCAGCAGCGCGUGGACAAGAUCUUCUCCAAGAUGGACAAGGACCACAAUGAUGAGAUCUCCCUGGAAGAGUUUAAAGAGGCCGCCAAGUCUGACCCCUCCAUCGUCCUACUGCUGCAGUGUGACAUGCAGAAGUAGAGAGAGGGAUGGGUGGAGAAACAGA